GAUGGUAAAAAAAAGAAUUGUUUUAUAAAAUAAAAUAAAUAAACUAAAAACUUAGUAAAACAGUUUAUAAUUUAUAAUUUCUAAAUAUGUACUGUAAGGGCAUUGGUUAAACAAAUAUUGAGUUGGGUAUUUGUGAAAAUUGUGAUAAGAGUAAGCUUGAGUGGAGAAUCAUAAUUAUAAGUUGGUAAGAAGCAAUGUGAAGUCGAGAAUAGACACGAAACGGUAUUGAUGCAGCGUCUGAAACUUGAAGUGAUGCUGAUGUCAGUAUCAGUAUCAGUAUCAGUAUCAGUCUCCCGCUGCUCUCACGGUUUUGCCUUGCAUUUCAAACCCAGACGCUUCACUUCAUCUUGUCUGAAGGUUUCACCGUGGCGUGGUUUGGAUGAAUGGAGGAAGAGUUCUCUGAACGAGAAUCGCAGGUGGGGAGAAAAUGGUCCAGAAUCCAAACCCCAACCCCAACCCCAACUCGUUGAUUCUCCAUUGGAGCAAGCUUCUUCCUUGGCAGAGCUUGGUUCUAUUGUUCUUUCCACCAGCGACCCUCUCGCGAAGUCUCACCUUUCUCACAUGGCUUACUCGAUGUGGCGCCGCCACAACCUCCCCCUCGGCAUUUCCAAACCCCCCUCUCGACCAGCCCGACCCCCAAUCCCCCAAUUGGUUUCUCCUAAGGAAAUUCCUUCUCCCAAGGACUCAGGUUUGCCCCUGAAUGCUUAUAUGCUUCAUAAUCUGGCACACGUGGAGCUCAAUGCAAUUGAUUUGGCAUGGGACACUGUCGUCCGAUUUUCUUCCUACAGUGAAAUUCUAGGGGAGGGGUUCUUUGCUGACUUUGCUCAAGUUGCUGAUGAUGAAAGCCGCCACUUCUCUUGGUGUGCACAGAGGCUAUCUGAGCUGGGUUUUAAAUAUGGUGAUAUGCCAGCCCACAAUUUGCUAUGGAGGGAAUGUGAGAAAUCAUCAGACAAUGUUGCUGCACGUUUGGCUGUGAUCCCACUAGUCCAGGAGGCUAGAGGACUUGAUGCUGGGCCACGCCUGGUGAAAAAAUUAGUUGGCUUUGGAGAUAAUAGGACAUCUAAGAUUGUGGCUAGAAUUGCUGAUGAGGAAGUUGCACAUGUUGCAGUUGGUGUCUACUGGUUUGCUUCUGUCUGUCAAAAAAUGAAUUGUGCUCCAGACUCCACUUUUAAAGACUUACUGAAAGAAUACAAUGUGGAACUAAAGGGUCCCUUCAAUUAUUCAGCUCGAGAUGAAGCUGGCAUCCCCCGUGAUUGGUAUGAUGAUGCAUCAUCCAUAAGCAUUCAGGACAAGAAAGACAAAGAUGGCAACAAAAAACAGCUCUCAGCAGUAUAUGAGAGGCUGGCUUCCAUCAUUGCUAUGGAAAAAGAGAAUUCAAGUUUGACUAAGCCGCCCGAAUGAAUUUUCACAAUAUGAGCCAUUUCCAUUUUCAACUGGAAAGAUAUGAACUGAUAUUGCAAGUCUGGAACUUAUCUCCUCAACAGCCAACCAACACAACAUUAUCAUCAUCAUAUGCUUUGAAGUGAUACAUACGUUUGGUGAUGCAAUUCUUUCUAUUAGCAACCUUAUUUGACUGCAAAAUCGGAAAUUCAGUCCCCGUGUGACGCGUCCACUAUUGAUGACAAGUGUCAGCAAAAAGAGGAGACAAAACAUAUUCUUUGUUUUGCGUACAUAGACACCGAUGUAAAUAUAAAAAAUUUUAAUAUUUGAUGAAUGUGUAUGAUCAUUAGAGGCUUAGCGUGAUACCGAAGUUGAAUGAAGUCAAUGAGCAUUGCUUAGCUUCUUGGAUA